AUGUCUUCCAACAGUGGACAGUUUGACAAAUUGAAAAAAGAGUGGUUAGUGGAAAAUGGAUAUGAAAAAAGUAGCAGGAAGAAUGCAGGGGAGACGGCGUUGUUAAUGAAAAUGAGGGGUUGGAUUGAUGGAAUGUUAAAAGAAAUGAUGAAGGAGGAUACUGAUGAAACCUAUGAAGGAGAAUGCGAAAAAAUGAAUACAGGAACAGAGAAAAUGAAGAAAGGGGAGAAGGAAGUAUGUGCUCUUAUUUUGAAGAAUUUGUUGAACAUAAAAACAAUGAGUGGGGCUCAAUGUGGAAUAGGAAGUGCUGAUGAGAGAAUGAAGGAGUAUGUCCAAUGUGCAAUACUGAAGAUGUGGUCAGCCCUGUAUCUAACGGAACACUGCCAUUCAUGGAGUGCUGUAGAGAGUGCAUUUAAUGCAGUAAAAAAUCUAGGGAUCCUCCUUGGUGGAGGAUCUGAAUGUAAGGAGUGCGGGUAUAAUAGUGUAAUGGAGCAUAUGGAAGUAGGGAAAAUGAAUAUAUUAGGAGUUAUUCGUGGUGCUAUAGAGGAGGAACCAAAAGUUAUGGGAUUAAUAAAGAGUACAGGUGAGAAGAAGGAUUGUAAGGGACAAGAGGAUCCUCUAACAAAAUUAGGUCUCCAGACUAAUGGUGGUGCUACGACUACAACGUCAACAAGUGGGCAACAACAACAUCAAACACAUCAGGGACAGAAUGUAACACCGCAACCAAAAAAAAUGACAACACAGCAGUUUAAUUUCAUCUCCAAAUUAAUAACAAAUUGGGUAAAAACGCACGGUAUGAAGGAUGUGGACAAAAUGGGGGUAAUAAAUAAUAAUUAUGGAAGGAGGAUCACAUAA